AUGAAUACAUUGAAUAAUAAUGAUUUCAAUAUACUUGAUUUACCUGAUGAAAUUUUGCUCGCCAUUUUAAAUAAACUCAAUACCACUGAUGUAUUUCAUUCACUUGUUGAUGUUAAUCAACAAUUUGAUCGAUUAACACUUGAUUAUCUUUAUGUUCGUAAUAUUGAUAUGACUGAUACAAUGACCAUUAAUUCACUGUAUGAUCAAACAUCUUCAAUAGAUACUAAAAUUCUUUCAAAAAUUUGUGAAAAAGUUUUACCUCGUAUUCAUCAUCAAGUAUAUAAACUGACUAUUGAACAAUAUUCAAUGCAACAUAUUAUUCUUGCUGCCAACUAUCCUCAACUUUAUUCUUUAUCACUUACUAAUUUUCAAGAAGAAAUACUUUAUCAAUCUUUAAUAGAUGAUUUAAUUCUUCGCGAUCUUCUUACCAAACAAAUAACACAUCUUAAUAUUGAUAUUAAAAAGCCAACACAACAUUGUUCGAUAACCGUUUCAAAGAUUUUUGAAUUAAUCUUGUGUUUAUGUAAAAAAUUAAUUGUUUUGAAUUUCUGUGAUAUGUUUCCCACACGAACGUACGAGACUCCUAUGUUUUAUCUAUUAUCAACAACUCAUAUGUCUUCAACUUUAAUCAAAUUAAAAAUCAAUGUUGCAAGUUUAGUUGAUUGUCUUUGUCUUCUUGAUGGUCGUCUCGAGUUUUUAUCAACAUUAAUUAUUAAUAUUGGACAGAUAUUUGAUCCAAUAUUAGAUAUAGGUUCAAGAAAAAAGCUUCCCAAGUUGAAAUAUUUAUCAUUAACUGCGCCUAGUUUCACAUGUUGUUAUGAUACUCAAAUUGUUCCAUUACUUUGUCGAAUGAUAAAUCUUGAAGAAUUGAAAUUAUAUCUAUCAGUAGCAAGAUUUGAUUCGACUUAUGUUGAUGGUAUUCAAUUAUAUGAUCAAUUUCUUAUUUGCAUGACACACCUAAAGAAAUUCACAUUUUGUAUCAACACGGAAGUCUUCAACGAUAAAGUUCGCGUUGAGUUUCCAUCGAAUGAAGAUAUUCAACGUAGUUUCAUUGGAAGAGGAUAUCAACAAGUUACUUCAUAUGUUCGUACUAAUUUAAUGAAGACUGAAGGCUACUGCUUUCUCUAUUCAGUUCCAUAUGAUUUCGAAGACUUUGUUCAACUCAACAAUUCUUAUCAAGGUGGCAAGUUUCAGGCAGUUCGGCAAUUAACGAUGCAUGAUAAAAUUCCUUUUGAACAUAAAUUAUUUAAACUAAUUUCAGAAGAUUUUCCUUUUCUUCGAUUCUUAUAUUUAUCUAAUCGUCAUCCACAACAAGACAAGCAACAUUCAUCAACAUUAAUCACAUUUCCUUAUCUUACAUCUCUCUAUCGACAAUAUGCGCAUGUUGACUAUGUUGAACUAUUUCUCUUGGAAAAUAAUGCUCAUCUACCUCGUUUGUUAAAUCUUCGUAUCGAAUACGAAUCACUCACAACGAUAACAAAUAAUUUUACCAAUAAUGUAACGUAUUUCAAUUUCGAUAGAUUGAGAAGUCUUGACGUAUGUCAAGCAUUUGUUCGUCCAGAAAAUUUUCAUCAAUAUUUUCCUUUGUUAUAA